UGCCAUGUCUGCCGAGUCAAUAUCAACUGAAAUAGUGGACACUCUGCAUCAUGAGAUAAUGGUGUCGAAAGACAGAACGCUGGCUGAGAAGCUUCAAGUGCUGAAGUCUUUUGUCAUGGACAAUAAAAACAAGGUCUACAUUGGGAAGAAAGAGAAUGAAAUAGAAAUGGCUUUCUCAUUGGGAAAGAAGGUCGCCUUUUGUAAAUCUGGAAAUGCAUUGGAGGAGUGCAACUUAUACAUGGAUAUUUUCCAGAAGCUUGUCUUAACGUACUCUGACGCGUUUGUUCGAGAAAAGCGACUCAGGGUGAAAAUAUUUUUAGCCAUUGCAGAUAUUCUCGAAUUCAGACUAAUUCGAAAGACACCUAGUAUAGACUUCAUGAAAGUGCUUCUGGAUUCUGCGACUACUUUGCUAAAGAGCAACUCAGAGUUGUUCGAUUUCUGCUCCUCGAUGUUGAAAUUUCUGGUGUUUACCCGGAGUCACAAGAAUUUCAAGGCAGAAACUUUAGAAUUCGUUUUCGGUACAGUUCAAAAUUGUAUUUCUACAGAUGGUGAAGAGCGAAGUUAUGUUGACGAGUUCGAGAGUUCUGACCUUUCACUUCGGUUGCUGACAUGGGGUAAAAAUUUCCACGUUGAUAUUCGCAACAUUCUCGUAGGUCGAGAGGAGAAUCUCGAAAACUGGGACACGAAAGGAGCAGAAACUUGGAGACGCCAAAUGACAGCAACUUGCAAUGCCAUAUUUUUCAAAGAAGUUGUUUCUGCUAUUACGUUAGUAAAACAGCCGAAGGCAGAGGAUGAAAAGAUUGACGCGACUGAUAUGGAAACGGCUCUGCUUGUGAGCCUGUCACAACUAGUUAACAGAGUAACAGAAGAUGCCUUCGUUUUAUCGCAUUGCUACGGAAGUUGGCUUUGGGAGUUGUCGCUGAUCAGCGAAGAGCUAGUUGACCCCUCUGCUGUCGUUGACUCGAUGGUGGAGCGCAUCAUUUCCCAGCAACAUAUGGAGUCUGAGGUCAAGUGUGCCGUAUUGCACAAUCUGCUAUCUGCACUCUACACGAGUCACAUGGCCAACAGGUGGAGUGAUAGUUUCGAACCAGCUUCUAGACUGAGGAAGAGUUUCAGACGUAUCAUUGCCGAAAUGGGAAUUCACUCCAAGUUUGAAGAGGAUGCUAACGCAGAGGCCAAACUUGACCUGAUGACGUUGGUGAUGCUCCUGGACGGACAUGCCAUGUCGAAAGCCAUGAUUCAAACGACAUCCUGUGCAUUACUCAUGAAGCACUCUAACUUUAUCCUAAUUUCGCUCCGCUAUUACGACAGUAUCUACCAAAUUAACAAAUACUUCAAAUCAUUCUUCAUCUCAAGCCUACAGCAAAUCGGAUUUGACGCGUUUCAAGAUGAAAUGUUCAUUUUGAUAGAGCAAUACUGGUCGGAUAAAGUUACUUCUGUUAACAUGGAAACCACAUUCAAUUUAGUGAACAUUCUUUUUGAUGCAUUUGUAAAUGCGAAUAUGGAAACGAAACCAAAAGUUUUGAAGGUUGUCCUUAAGUUAUCAAAUUUGUCAUUUGGGCACAUACGUGAAGAAAACUUGACCAUUGUCGAUGCGUAUGAGGAAAAUUUGACAGAAGUUAUACAGAAAAUUGAGUUGCUAAAUGGAAUUGAUAUUGAAGAUAACAAAAUAUUGGAGAAAUUUGUGACACUUUUUACAAUUGUUACUUCGCAAUCAAAAAACACUGUCGUCAAAAAUUGUGGUAAUCAUCUGACUGAAAUGAUUGCAUUAUCGUCAGAGUGUAAAGAAGGUCUGGGUAAUUCAGUCUUGUUUGCGAAAUAUGAGCAGUAUUGUCGUAUGAGUAGCAAAAAAGAGCGGAAAACCAUGCUCGAAUUAUUGGCCGAGCAGCUAUUGAAUGAAAUUGAUGAACUGAGUUGUAAUGAAGCUGAAUGUUUCAUGAAACACCCCCGAGUUUUCAGUGACCCCAGUGUUCACAAUGCUGUAAUUAGGAAGUUAAAAGAAGAAUCGAGAACAUCUUUGACAAAAACUAGACAUGUGAUUUUAGAGUCUGUAAAUACUGUUGGUUUGACUGAUGAAAACUUAACCAAGGUUUUGGAAAUUGAAAGUCUCCCAUUGAAAGUGUUGGGAGCUAUUUUGCAUGAUGCUUUUGUGAAAGCCAAUGAGUCUGCAGUUGACCUCGUUUUUCUGACCAGAGUUGUUUUGAAACAUACUGAAGUAGACGAAGACUCGUUCUUGAAAUCCUUUGAAAAAGUUCUUGAAGCUACAAUGAAAUUUGACGACCUUCAUUUGAGCGCUAAAAUUGACGAGUUGUUAGCGAUGUUUAUACAAGAGAUUAAGAGUGAAGAUAACAGCGAAAGUGUAAGGCUGCGGGCUGAGAUAGGAGUUGCAAUGGUUUUGCUGAAGAUGGAACUAAAGAAAAAAAACCUGGAAAAGGACACUUGGUUGUCCAAAAAGUCUCUUAAAUUUCUAACUAAAAGAGAAAAUGUGAUACAUGAGUCUUCGCAUUUUCUCGCAAGUGAACAUUUACUGGGUGUAGUGUGCGAUUUAAUACUCAAAAAUGAUUUGCCGAAUGAUGAUGGUUUUGAAAAAAUCUGUGGUGAAAUUACAAAAAGUUCUACCAAGGUGUGUCUUAUUCAUAUUCAGUUGAUAACUGUCUUUUUCAAAAAGAAGUUUUCUUUGAAAGGCAAGGAAAUGACGCAGUCUUGUCUUGGAGAUGUGAUGGAAAUUUUAGCGAAAAUUUCGAUUGACGACUCGUGUCGGAAGUUUACGAACAAACUGCUUUCCUGCUUUAGCGUAGAUCAGAUUGGAAGUAUAUCUGAAAACUGUUUCAAAAAGUUCACUGAAAAAGAACUCCUCCAAUCCGCAAGUUGUCCAGCGAAAGAAUACUAUGCGGCUUUAUUGGAAGCUUUGAUAUCGAAAUUCGGGAAGAACCAUUUAAAGAGCUUUUACAGAAAAUUAGUCGCCAGUUUUUAUGGAGCAAGUCCAUAUUUGACCAGUGACAAGAAAAUGUUGUGGAUGAAAAUCUUGCUAGCUGGAGCGAGAUACGGCAACUUCAUUCUCGAAGCUGAUCAGUCGAGGUUGGUGAUGCAGUGCAUGGACAUCAAGAAUUCGAAGUCCCGAUUAGUCGACAAGGCUCUGUUAGACGCUGAGAUGAUCAUUUUGCUCAACCUAUUGAAAGAGCGCCCAAAUUUCAUCUUUCCGAUUGUAUUUUCUAUCACACUUUGUCGGAUCUUUGACUACUUGUUCACGCUUUGCUCGACCAAGAAGCUCUCAAAGAGUGAAGUUGCCCCCAAAAAAAGUAAAGAAAAUCGUAAAAGAAAACGAAAGCACCAGCAAGACGCUAAUCUAAAUGAUGACAUAUCGUCGGGAGAUGAACAGAAGAAAGAUAAUCUGGAAGAGAACUUCAAAAAACUUGAUAUGAACUCAAAUGAAGAAAUUCCGGAGUGUGAGCAGUUGGAGAAAUCAAUCUCGACGUUCAGAACGAUUUUGCAUUUGUUAAAGAUUCUACCAGACGAAGGGAAGUUGAUUCAAUCUCAUAUUAUUGGAGCAUGUAUUGUUAAGUACAGAAAGAGAUCUCUCAAACUGGAGUUUCAAAGACACUUCCAAGAAAUGAUGCAGUUUUUGGUUGAUUCAGUCAAAGAUACUCAGCAUUUCAAACUGGUUUUGAAUAAUGCUAGUCUUUUCGACGCUUUAGUUUUGAACCAGUUUCAAAAUAAAUAAUUUAAAUGUGUUUUUUCCAUUGCGCUUUUUUGAGUUGUAAAUUUACUCGAGCAUGGGUGGUUGUUCUCGUUGAAUG